AUGAGACCUACCUCAGAGCAUACAUCCGACAGCCAUCCGGGUAGAACAAAUGGCCAUCAAAUAGACAUUUCGACUAGAUACUUACUCAGAAGAGAAACUAAAGAUUCCAACCUCGGCAAUCAAACCACAUCAGCGCCUACCCACAGAGCUAUUAUUUGGGGGAUUGUGUGCGGGAUUUUAGGCGCGAGUAUGAUCAUAACUCUGGCUGUGUAUCUUAUAUUACGAAGGAGAAGGUCACAACACCAUGACAAAGAAGAGGAACAAGAGACAACCAAAGAUUCCCGAAGCCGACAAGCAAUUGCAAAAAUGACGGCCAAAUUAAGCCUACCUGAAGCAAAGCCACAACCACCUGCUAAAAAAUCUAUUUCAAGCAUAUCAUCACCAAUCCCCCCGAGACCGAGAGAUACUACCUCCACAUUAAUGGGCGGUAAGACAAAGCCGAAUCGGCCCCCUACCUUAUGCCUAGAUCAGAGAAUUAGGAUUAUUACCGAAGCAAAAGCUGGCAACGAUUAUGAGACACCAACGGGACAGGAUAGCUCCCAAAACUUUAGAUCAGAUCUCUACGAACUCCCCUUCAUUUCAUCCACUGAUAAUUACCUUCCUAUACCGGCUGCAUUACUCUCCCCGCAAACAACUCGCGAUAAUAUCAUCGCUUCAUUCGAUAAAGAGAAUUUCGACAUUAUAUAUCCACCACAGAAAGUAGCGCCUGCCAUUCCGCCAAAAUCUAGACGCCCCAGUCUAAAAUCGACCUUGGAACCAGACGCACAAUACGCACCGCCCAGCCUUGGAGACUGGAAGAAUUCUGGUCCGCUGCCUACACUAACCUUGCAGACCAACUUAGUCCAGCCCCCGAUGCCAAGUGAUGAAAAAGACCGAGAAAGCCCCGUGCUGGGAUCCAUGAGUACGGUGAUAAUCAAUAAGGAACUACCUCUACCUCACGAGAACAGCAUAAAACGAUCCAACAGUGAAAGUGACAAGACUGGCACAUCGAUAAGUUCGAUGAAUCUCCAUAUGAUUAGUGACGAGGAACUGGAUCGAUUGGGAGUAGGGCUAAAAUUCUAA